CAGCCGUAGUAGUAGCAGUAGUAGUAGUAAUUGCUGUUGAUGAUGACGAUGGGGUCAUGAGGGUGUCCUCGUCCGAGCUCUCCGAGUCUGAAUCACCGCCAUACGAGACUAAUCCUAUUCCCCUGUUCAUGAUGUUGAUGGUUGGCGUUGAUGCCGCUGCUGGUCUCAAUGCUGAUCCUACAGAGUAGAAAGAGCAUUCUUUGCUUUGCCACACUUUGGUUGAAGUAGAAACAAAGCCACAUUUUGGGCAAAUGAAGUACAGGGAGAUGUGCACAUCUCAUCUUUGACACCUUUUCAUUUUUUUAAAAAAUGCGACCCAGGGCGAUACUCAAGCAUCUCACAAUCACAACCGUUAUAGGUGCAUUCAUCACCUCAGUAUUGGCAGCAUCAGUCACCACUGACACCAGCACGGAAAAUGUAGAAGGUUUCUUCAACAAAACCAGGAGUGGACACACCAAUAACUGGGCAGUUUUGGUCUGUACUUCUCGCUUUUGGUUCAAUUACCGCCACAUUGCCAACACACUUGCCAUGUACAGGACAGUGAAACGACUGGGGAUCCCAGACUCAAAUAUUAUCAUGAUGCUUGCAGAUGAUGUCGCCUGCAACUCUCGCAACAUUUUCCCCGCUACUGUCUACAACAAUCGAGGUCGAUACUUGGAUUUAUAUGGCGAAAAUGUUGAAGUUGACUAUCGAGGUUAUGAAGUCACUGUCGAGAACUUCAUUCGUUUAUUAACAGGUCGUGUUGCAAAAGAAACUCCACGAUCAAAACGUCUUUUGACGGAUGAUCAAUCCAAUAUCUUGGUCUACAUGACCGGUCAUGGAGGAGAAGAUUUUUUGAAGUUCCAAGAUGCGGAGGAAAUCAGCUCUUAUGAUCUAGGCGAUGCUUUUCAACAGAUGUACGAGAAGAAGCGCUACAACGAGAUUUUGUUUAUGAUCGAUACCUGCCAGGCGAAUACUAUGUAUACCAAGAUUCACUCUCCCAACAUUUUGGCCACCGGUAGUAGUGAGCUCAGCCAAAGUUCUUACUCGCAUCACGAUGACCCAGAUAUUGGAGUAGCAGUUGUUGAUAGAUUCACCUAUUACGUCCUGGAAGUCCUUGAAAAAAUCGAUAUGCAGUCGAAGGCGACACUUAAAGAUCUAUUUGAUACUUAUAAUCCUAAACUGCUUUAUUCGAACCCUGGCGUGCGUUCCGACCUCUUUCACCGGCCACUAGAUCAGGCACUGCUUACCGACUUUUUUGGCAAUGUACAAAAUAUUGAGUUGACAGAACCUAAGGAUCAUUCAUCGUCAACUCUAGCGACGGAAGGUGACUCAGUAUCUACACAGCAAGUAGAAAUAGGCACUGAAGUCGAGGGGCCAAGCGUUCUACAAAUACAACCAGAUCAUACAGAUAACAAUAAUACCGAGACCUUACACCAACAGCAAGGUUCUAAACAACCACAUGCAAGAGAAAGAGUAGAAGAUCAUACGUUCGAAGUUGGUGAUUCAAGUCAAUCACAGAACUGGCGUUAUGUUGCCUUUGUAAGCCUUUCUGUAGUGUUGGGAGGCGCAUUAAUUGCAGGAUCAUCCAUGAUCUGAAAAAAGGCAAAAAAAAAAAAGUGCUUGAUCUUUGAUUGACAUCUCCUGUGACCUUUCUGCAUCAUCAUGAAAUAAAGAAAGCUUCGUUACUUG